CGCCGGCGGAGGCGGGCGCGGCGGGCGCGUCCCUGUGGCCAGUCACCCGGCGGAGUUGGUCGCACAAUUAUGAAAGACUCGACUUCUGCUGCUAGCGCCGGAGCUGAGUUAGUGCCGAGAAGGUUUCCCUGGGCUGUCCUCGUCCGGUGGCCUCUGCUGCCGCCUCCGGAGACGCUUCCCGAUAGAUGGCUGCAGGCCGCGGAGGAGGAGGAGGUGGAGUUGCUGCCCUUCCGGAGUCUGCCCCGUGAGGAGAAUGUCCCAGAAAUCCUGGAUAGAAAGCACUUUGACCAAGAGGGAAUGUGUAUAUAUUAUACCAAGCUCCAAAGACCCUCACAGAUGCCUUCCAGGAUGUCAGAUUUGUCAGCAGCUUGUCAGGUGUUUUUGUGGUCGUUUGGUCAAGCAACAUGCUUGUUUUACUGCAAGCCUUGCCAUGAAAUACUCAGAUGUGAAAUUGGGUGACCACUUUAAUCAGGCAACAGAAGAAUGGUCUGUGGAAAAGCAUACGGAACAGAGCCCAACAGAUGCUUAUGGAGUCAUCAAUUUUCAAGGGGGUUCUCAUUCUUACCGUGCUAAGUAUGUGAGGCUAUCAUAUGACACCAAACCUGAAGUCAUUCUGCAACUUCUGCUUAAAGAAUGGCAAAUGGAAUUACCCAAACUUGUUAUCUCUGUACAUGGAGGCAUGCAGAAGUUUGAGCUUCAUCCACGAAUUAAACAGUUGCUUGGAAAGGGUCUUAUUAAAGCUGCAGUUACAACUGGAGCCUGGAUUUUAACUGGUGGAGUAAAUACAGGUGUGGCAAAACACGUUGGUGAUGCCCUCAAAGAGCAUGCUUCUCGAUCAUCACGAAAGAUUUGCACUAUUGGAAUAGCUCCAUGGGGAGUGAUAGAGAACAGAAAUGAUCUUGUUGGGAGAGAUGUUGUUGCCCCUUACCAAACCUUAUUGAACCCCCUGAGCAAAUUGAAUGUUCUGAAUAAUCUCCAUUCCCAUUUCAUAUUGGUGGAUGAUGGCACUGUUGGAAAGUAUGGGGCAGAAGUCAGACUAAGAAGAGAACUUGAAAAAACUAUUAAUCAGCAAAGAAUUCAUGCUAGAAUUGGCCAGGGUGUUCCUGUGGUGGCACUGGUAUUUGAAGGUGGGCCUAAUGUUAUCCUCACGGUUUUAGAAUAUCUUCAAGAAAGUCCCCCUGUUCCAGUAGUUGUGUGUGAAGGCACAGGCAGAGCUGCAGAUUUGUUAGCAUAUAUUCAUAAGCAAACAGAAGAAGGAGGGAAUCUUCCUGAUGCAGCAGAGCCUGAUAUUAUUUCAACCAUCAAAAAAACAUUUAACUUUGGCCAAAGUGAAGCAGUUCAUUUAUUUCAGACUCUGAUGGAGUGUAUGAAAAAAAAAGAGCUUAUUACUGUUUUCCACAUUGGAUCAGAAGAACAUCAAGAUAUAGAUGUAGCAAUUCUUACUGCACUGUUAAAAGGUACUAAUGCAUCUGCAUUUGACCAGCUGAUCCUUACACUGGCAUGGGAUAGAGUUGACAUUGCCAAAAAUCAUGUAUUUGUGUAUGGACAGCAAUGGUUGGUUGGAUCCUUGGAACAAGCUAUGCUUGAUGCUCUUGUAAUGGAUAGAGUUGCAUUUGUAAAACUUCUUAUCGAAAAUGGAGUAAGCAUGCAUAAAUUCCUUACCAUUCCCAGACUGGAAGAACUUUACAACACUAAACAAGGUCCAACUAAUCCAAUGCUAUUUCAUCUUGUUCGAGAUGUCAAACAGGGAAAUCUUCCUCCAGGAUAUAAGAUCACUCUAAUUGAUAUAGGACUUGUUAUUGAAUAUCUUAUGGGAGGAACCUACAGAUGCACCUACACUCGGAAGCGUUUUCGGUUAAUAUAUAAUAGUCUUGGUGGAAGUAACCGGAGAUCUGGCAGAAAUGCUUCCAGUAGCACUCCCCAGUUGCGGAAGAGCCAUGAAUCUUUUGGCAAUAGAGCAGAUAAAAAGGAAAAAACAAGGCACAAUCAUUUCAUUAAAACAGCACAGCCCUACAGACCAAAGAUUGAUACAAGUAUGGAAGAAGGAAGGAAGAAAAGAACCAAAGAUGAAAUUGUGGAUAUUGAUGAUCCAGAAACAAAGCGCUUUCCUUAUCCACUUAAUGAAUUGUUAAUUUGGGCUUGCCUUAUGAAGAGGCAGGUCAUGGCCCGCUUCUUAUGGCAGCAUGGUGAAGAAUCAAUGGCUAAAGCAUUGGUUGCCUGUAAGAUCUAUCGCUCAAUGGCAUAUGAAGCAAAGCAGAGUGACUUGGUUGAUGACACUUCAGAAGAACUCAAGCAGUAUUCCAAUGAUUUUGGUCAGCUUGCAGUUGAAUUACUGGAACAAUCCUUCAGACAAGAUGAAACCAUGGCUAUGAAAUUACUCACUUAUGAACUGAAAAACUGGAGUAAUUCAACCUGCUUGAAGCUAGCAGUUUCUUCAAGACUUAGGCCUUUUGUAGCCCAUACCUGUACACAAAUGUUGUUAUCUGAUAUGUGGAUGGGCAGGCUGAAUAUGAGGAAAAAUUCCUGGUAUAAGGUCAUACUAAGCAUUUUAGUUCCACCUGCCAUAUUAAUGCUGGAAUAUAAAACCAAGGCUGAAAUGUCUCACAUCCCACAAUCUCAAGAUGCCCAUCAGAUGACAAUGGAAGAUAGCGAAAACAACUUUCAAAACAUAACCGAAGAGAUCCCGAUGGAAGUGUUUAAAGAAGUAAAGAUUUUGGACAGUAAUGAAGGAAAGAAUGAAAUGGAAAUACAUAUAAAAUCAAAAAAGCUUCCAAUCACACGAAAGUUUUAUGCCUUUUAUCAUGCACCAAUUGUAAAGUUCUGGUUCAACACGCUGGCAUACUUAGGAUUUCUGAUGCUUUAUACAUUUGUAGUUCUUGUACAAAUGGAACAGUUACCUUCAGUUCAAGAAUGGAUUGUUAUUGCUUAUAUUUUUACCUAUGCCAUUGAGAAAGUCCGUGAGAUCUUUAUGUCAGAAGCUGGGAAGAUAAGCCAGAAGAUUAAAGUGUGGUUCAGUGAUUACUUCAAUGUCAGCGACACAAUUGCCAUAAUUUCUUUCUUCAUUGGAUUUGGACUAAGAUAUGGAGCAAAGUGGAACUUUGAGAAUGCCUAUGAUAAUCAUGUUUUUGUGGCUGGAAGAUUAAUUUACUGUCUUAACAUAAUAUUUUGGUAUGUGCGUUUGCUAGAUUUUCUAGCUGUAAAUCAACAGGCAGGACCUUAUGUAAUGAUGAUUGGAAAAAUGGUGGCCAAUAUGUUCUACAUUGUAGUGAUUAUGGCUCUUGUAUUACUUAGUUUUGGUGUUCCCAGAAAGGCAAUACUUUAUCCUCAUGAAGAACCAUCUUGGACUCUUGCUAAAGACAUAGUGUUUCAUCCAUACUGGAUGAUUUUUGGUGAAGUUUAUGCAUAUGAAAUUGAUGUGUGUGCAAAUGAUAGCUCUAUCCGUCACAUCUGUGGUCCCGGGACAUGGCUAACUCCAUUUCUUCAAGCAGUCUACCUCUUUGUACAGUAUAUCAUUAUGGUUAAUCUUCUCAUCGCAUUUUUCAAUAAUGUGUAUUUACAAGUGAAGGCAAUUUCCAAUAUUGUGUGGAAAUACCAGCGCUACCAUUUUAUCAUGGCUUAUCAUGAAAAACCAGUCCUGCCUCCUCCACUCAUCAUUCUUAGCCAUAUUGUCUCUCUCUUUUGCUGUGUAUGUAAAAGAAGAAAGAAAGAUAAGACUUCUGAUGGACCAAAACUUUUCUUAACAGAAGAAGAUCAAAAGAAACUUCAUGAUUUUGAAGAACAAUGUGUUGAAAUGUACUUUAAUGAAAAAGAUGACAAAUUCCAUUCUGGAAGUGAAGAGAGAAUACGUGUCACUUUUGAAAGAGUGGAGCAGAUGUGCAUUCAGAUUAAAGAAGUUGGAGACCGUGUCAGCUACAUAAAAAGAUCACUACAGUCCUUAGAUUCUCAAAUUGGACAUCUGCAAGACCUUUCAGCGCUGACAGUAGAUACACUAAAAACACUCACUGCCCAGAAAGCUUCUGAAGCGAGCAAAGUUCACAAUGAGAUCACAAGAGAAUUGAGUAUUUCCAAACAUUUGGCUCAAAAUCUUAUAGAUGAUGGUCCCACAAGACCUGUGUGGAAAAAACACAGUGCUGUAAAUACACUGAGCUCCUCCCUUCCUCAAGGUGAUCUUGAAAGUAAUAAUCCUUUUCUUUCUAAUAUGUUCAUGAAAGAUGAAAAAGAUCCUCACUAUACCAUAUUUGGUCAAGAGUUGCCUGUAAUCCCCCAGAGAAAAGAAUUUGGUUUUCCAGAGGCUGGUUCCUCUUGUGGUGCCUUAUUCCCAAGUGCGAUUUCUCCUCCAGAACUGCGACAGAGACGACAUGGGAUAGAAAUCUUAAAAUUAUUUAAUAAAACUCAAAAAUUAGGCAGUUCACCUAAUAGCACACCACAUCUGUCAUCCCCACCAACCAAAUUUUCUGUUAGCACCCCCUCCCAACCAAGUUGCAAAAGCCACUUGGAAACCAUAACCAAAGAUCAAGAAACUGUCUUCUCCAAAGUUGCAGAAGGAGAUAAUAUAGAAUUCGGAGCAUUUGUAGGGCACAGAGAUAGUAUGGAUUUACAGAGGUUUAAAGAAACAUCAAACAAAAUAAAAGAACUGUUAUCUGAACAGCAGGAUGAUACGAGAAACACGAUUAUGGAAUAUUCAAAUAUGCCUAAAUAUCAGAGUGAUACUCCUGAAACCACAUCGAAGCAUGUGAGUUCUCAUACUGGGUUUCCUGAAUGCCAUAAGACCUCCAUUUCUCCUCGCUCAGAGCAAGCAGAAAGCAGUAGAACUGUAUCUACAGAAGACACUCCUGUAGUAGAUUCCAAAGCAGCUUUGCUACCGGAUUGGUUACAAGAAAGACCAUCAAACAGAGAAAUGCCAUCCGAAGAAGGAACAUUAAAUGGUCUUGCUUCUCCAUUUAAGCCAGUUUUGGAUACAAAUUACUAUUAUUCAGCGGUGGAAAGAAAUAACUUGAUGAGGUUAUCACAGAGCAUUCCAUUCACCCCUGUGCCUCCAAGAGGGGAGCCAGUCACAGUGUACCGUCUAGAGGAGAGUUCGCCCAGCAUACUGAAUAACAGCAUGUCUUCUUGGUCACAGCUUGGCCUAUGUGCCAAAAUAGAGUUUUUAAGUAAAGAGGAGAUGGGAGGAGGUUUACGAAGAGCUGUCAAAGUCCAGUGCACCUGGUCAGAGCAUGAUAUCCUCAAAUCUGGACAUCUUUAUAUUAUCAAAUCUUUCCUUCCUGAGGUGAUUAACACAUGGUCUAGUAUCUAUAAAGAAGAUACAGUUCUGCAUCUCUGUCUCAGAGAAAUUCAGCAGCAGAGAGCAGCCCAGAAGCUCACGUUUGCAUUCAAUCAAAUGAAGCCCAAGUCCAUCCCAUAUUCCCCAAGGUUCCUUGAAGUUUUCCUGCUGUAUUGCCAUUCAGCAGGACAGUGGUUUGCUGUAGAAGAAUGUAUGACUGGAGAAUUUAGAAAAUACAACAAUAACAAUGGCGAUGAGAUAAUUCCAACUAAUAUUCUGGAAGAGAUUAUGCUAGCCUUUAGCCACUGGACUUACGAGUAUACCAGAGGAGAGUUAUUGGUACUUGAUUUGCAAGGUGUGGGUGAAAAUUUGACUGACCCGUCUGUGAUAAAAGCGGAAGAAAAGAGAUCCUCUGAUAUGGUUUUUGGCCCAGCCAAUCUAGGAGAAGAUGCAAUCAAAAACUUUAGGGCAAAACAUCACUGUAAUUCUUGUUGCCGAAAGCUUAAACUUCCAGACCUGAAGAGGAAUGACUACACACCCGAUAAAAUUCUACUUCCUCAGGAUGAGUCCUCACACUUGAAUCUUCAGCCUGGAGAUUCCACCAAAGAAUCCGAAUCAACUAAUUCUGUUCGUCUGAUGUUAUAAUGUUGCUCAAUCAUUGGUUUUGCCUACACCUCACAAAAAUGUUCCUGUGUGUCUUUCUCUUCAAGAGGAAAAUGUUUGAUAACACAGAAAGGUGUAUGCAAAUUAAUUCACUGGCCCUAGCAUCAUUUAGAGGUCAAUAUUUGACCAAAUUGAAAUUGUCAGUUACAAACUCCGUCCGUAUAGGAUAAGCUGGCAGCUGAGAAAGUUUGAAGGUAAUGGGAAAUUAGUGUUCAUAACUUGUGGAAGGGCUCUUGGUAGCCAGGAUCUUCAUUUGACUUUGUUCCGAUGAGAGGGUGAUCCUCUCAUAGGGUGCAAUACCAUUAACCAAAGUUAGGCGUCCAUGCACAUUUAAUCGGCAGCUGGUUUACUACCGUUCAGUUAGAGAAAUGAAGUCACUCAGCCAUUGGGUUAAAUGGCAGUUGGAAGUCUUCCUCAGUUAACAGUGAUGUCACAGUUUCUCAACUAGAUGCUUGCUGGCCACAGGAGAGGAGAUGACUCUUAGAAUUCUAGGUUCACAGGGGAAAUUACAAAGCCUGAGCUAAAGACCAUAUUUGUUUUUGUUUUUCAUUUCUUCCUGUGGUACUGGGGAUCAAACCCAGAGCCUCAUAAAGACUUUUUAAAAGAGGGAUUAUAUUUAAGAAUCAGGCCUAGACUCCAUAUUGAAAAAUAGACCUGUUUGGGGUUUUUUGUUAGUUUUUUGUUUUGUUUUUGCUUUUUUUUUUUUUUUAACUAGUGCUCAAAUUGUGUAAAAGUUAUUUGGGUUGCAUUUUUUAAAAAAACACAUUAUCAAGUCACUGUGUAGCAGAAGAAAGCCAUGACAAAAGGAACUGAACCCCUGUCAGAGAAGAUACCUGUGAGAAAGUUGAAGUACUUUUUUCCUGUCUGUGUCUGCAGUGACAACCCAGAAGUUACCCACUUCUCCAAAGUUGUUACUGACCAAUACAUCCAAUCAGAACCUAAGAACUUUCCAUUUGUCCAAACAUCUGAACAUGAAUGUCACUUGUGGUACUUAUUCAAGAAUCAAUUGAGUUGCUUUAUUACGUGAUGUCGGGAAAUUGCAAUGCCACUUUAUGCCAAUAAGAUGUAACUUAACUGCCCAGAUAUUUUGCAUAUCCAACUACAAGAAAAGCUUAUCUACUGGUUUAUGCUUUUGAUUUUUUUCCUGUUUUUUUUUUCUUUUUAUUUCCUAGGUACUAAUUUUAAUUUUUAUUUUGAAGGGAGCAGUGUAAAGCUUAUUUGUAUUCCGUAGUGUAUCUCAUAGAUACAACAAGGCAAGCAGAGAUAAGCUGUUUAAAUAGUGUUUCAUAUUGAUGGGGGGGAGAGAAAAGUGUAUUACUUAAAGAUAUUAUACUAUAUACAUUUUGUAUAUCAUUAAAUCUUUAAAAGAAAUUAAAUAAAUUUAUUCUUGUUUACA